AGAGAGGUGAGUUAACGCGAAGGUUAUUUCACAUGAGGGAGCAACUGUUUUGGAGCACAAUACUGUCGUGAGAAUAGCUGGGAAGCAAAACAAGAGGCUUUUGUUUUCGAGCUAAAAGGAUCUUGUUCUUCUUCCAAACAUUACAGGAGAGGUGAAACAUCAUGGGGAAACACAACAGCAAGCUGGCUCCAGAGGUUCUUGAUGACCUGACCAAAAACACCGAAUUCAAUGAGGCAGAGCUCAAGCAGUGGUACAAAGGCUUCCUCAAAGACUGUCCCUCCGGCAUCCUCAACCUGGAGGAGUUUCAGCAGCUCUAUGUUAAGUUUUUCCCGUAUGGUGAUGCCUCCAAGUUCGCUCAGCACGCAUUUCGGACAUUCGACAAAAACGGCGACGGGACCAUUGACUUCAGGGAGUUCAUCUGUGCCCUGUCCAUCACCUCCAGGGGCAGCUUCGAGCAGAAACUUAACUGGGCCUUCAACAUGUACGAUCUGGAUGGAGAUGGAAAGAUCACGCGUAUGGAGAUGCUGGAGAUUAUUGAGGCCAUCUACAAGAUGGUCGGCACAGUGAUCAUGAUGCGCAUGAAUGAGGACGGGCUGACACCUCAGCAGCGCGUGGACAAGAUCUUCUCCAAGAUGGACAAGGACCACAACGAUGAGAUCACCUUGGAAGAGUUCAAAGAGGCCGCCAAGUCUGACCCGUCCAUCGUCCUACUGCUGCAGUGUGACAUGCAGAAGUAAAGGGGGAUGAGUGCAGACGCAGAGGAGGGGGGAGGAGGGAGGGAGGGAAAGUGGGUAUGAGUUGAACUGAACGUAGAGAAGAACAGAGGCUGAGAGAACAGCGAGGCAGUAGAAGAAAGGGAGGUAAUCGACUAGAGGGACAAGGAGGAGAGAAGGAAGGAGGCUUUACUUUUUCCUUUUUUUUCCACAGGCAGGUUUUUUUUUUUUUCCAGACUUGAAAUGAGCCGUGUUUCGAACACAGUGGACCACUGAUUGAUGCCAUUCUUUUCUUCUGCCCCCACCCCUGCUGUGCUGCGCUGCGCCCUCCUGCACCACUACUACUUCAGUCUUUCUAAAUUCAGUCUGAUCUGAAAAGUGUUUAUCCCUCAAGCGCAGCUUGGCACACACCAGUGAAACAAAGUGCAGGUUUACAGGGGAAAUGUGAGGCGAUGUUAGACCUCCUUUCACACUGUCAGGCUCUGAGUCAAGCACCUGGCAUGAAAAUGUAUGUUCAGGUCACGACAUUUCACUUCAACACAGUCGCAGCGGAGGGUUUGUUCACCCAUUCCAACGUCUUGAUCUUACAAUAUGUAAUUACCAAGCAGGUUUUAUAUCCAGCUGAUGCAAACUAACACAUAACACACACACUGGGUUUAUGUGUAAUCAAUUAGACAGUUAGCUGAGCAUAAACACCAUAAAGGUGUACAGGUAACAUGGGUAAAACUAAGGAUUUCUUUUUACAAAUACCUAUAAUCUACCACACACACACAUCUUGGUAAAAUCACACCCUCUCUCCUUUAGACAAAGCAGCCCAGCAGUUUCUCCUGCUUUUGGUGUUGAUGCUAAGCUAAUGCUAAUCUUAAGGAUGACAGUGCAGUUGAGAAUGCUCCUUUCUAAGCAGCCAGUGUCAGGAUACAUCUCCGCACGGUGGGAUUUGAAGAGAGGAAUGGCAUUAAAGCAGCAGGUUGUUUGGUCCGAGGGGGGGAGUUAUGUAAAUGAACAAUUCCAUUAGCUGCGUGUGCGUUUGCCUUUUAUGAGUUGUGUAUAUGCGUGAAGAGGUCAGCUCAUGACUUUGCCCCGUGGAGCCAGAUCAAAGCGUCCUGGGCGCCUGUGUUUGUUUGUGCGUGAAUGUGCGGUUUCAUUCAUUGGUUCCUCCGCAGGCAGACCCACCGCCAGUCACGCAACGCUCCGAGGGAGCCUUUCUGACAGAUUACAGAGCAGUGUCCACAUACCUUGCUGUUCCUCUCAGUGCGAGGCGGGCAGGUGAUGAAUUUCUCAGACGGCUGCCUCCAGCAGCGUGGUGAGGCAUACUGAUGUGAUGCUCAGUGGCUUCUGGCUGCGCCGAACCCUCUGCCACAUUUGAUAAGAAAAUCAAUAUCCUAUCAAAAUGAAACGCCACGUUUGGGUAAAACGACAUGUCAUCAGGUUUGAUUAAAGUCUCGAGCAUUGUUUAGCGGAUCAACGCGCUCCCUUCGUGGAGAUGACAUGGCAACCAUCAGUCAUGUUUACACAACCACAAAAUUAAGAGUGAAUCUAACCUGUUUGGUCAGGACAAAAGCAAAUAGAGCCAGAACCGUGUUCAGACUUAAGACUGAAGUGGUACAUUCUGACUGGUUAAAUAACUCAUCUAUUUCAGUAGAGACCACUGAAAUCGAUUAGGUGUCAUUUUAAGGAGACUUUUUUCCAACCUGAACUAAAUCUUGUCGACAGUCCGACACGUUUGGGAUUUCAGAAGCAGAGAUAUUGAAGAGAUACAUGCUAAUAUAAAACAUUACAUCCCUAAGACGAGCAAUUUGAGCAACAGGAAGAGCCUCUCCAACACCGUGGAGUGAGGAUGAUCAGGACGGUAAUUACAGGGCUUAUGACAGAUUGACGGUAUUUCUCAGAAAGGCCAAACCUGCCUUCAUGACUCACUGUUGUUUCACAUGAAAAGCUGAAAUAGCGGCCGCUCCUCUCCCUCUCCCACUGUCCCGCUCUCCCCCCGUUUUGUCUUCUUCCUCCCUAAAUGUCAGAGAGGAAGCGCUUUGAUAAUUGGUGGAGGGAGAGGAACUUUGCUGAACUCAGCUCAGAUCUAAAAUCGAUGUGGAAAAAAAGAGCAAAAGGUUGAAGAGGUGGCUCAGGUUGUGUGUACGCUUGUGAGUGUGAGUAAAAGACUAGAAGAAGGUAAUUACACCUCAGCAUUAAAUUGUAAAGCGUCCGACGUCCUCAAAUAAAACCCCUAUGUAUCAGCUCGAAAUGCCACAUAAAACCUCAAUUUGGUUUUUAUUCUAGAAUAAAGGAGCUCUAAUUUGAUUUCAUGGCAUUUGUGUUUCUCUCAUAUCUGUACACUCAAUAUGAAAUUAAAGCCAGAAAACCUUUUAGCUUAGCUUAGCAUGAAAUCAUUAUAAUGUUUUGUAGAUUAUUUUUUGAAUUAAUACUUUUUAAUAUAUAUAUAUACCUGCAAUCAUGACACACCAUCAUGUGGCACUUCAGAUGUUGUAGACAUGUCUUAGGCCGGUAAAUCAGGUUCUCUCCUCCUUCUCACCCAGCCAAUGAACACGCUCCCUCCCUGAAGAGAAAGACAGAGCCUCCUUCGUGCGAUAAUGCAAUGAUAAACUUACAUGUACAUUACAAUACGACUAUAAUCGUAUUUAUGAAUAUAAACAAAUAUGUAAAUGUAAAUGUACCACUAGUGUAGAUUUGAUUUCAUAUGAUGACACAGCUACUGUGUGUGUGAGCGUGCGUGCUUGUGUGUGUGUGUGUGUGUGUGUGUGUGUGCGUGUGUGAGCGACAGCGUGAGCCCGAGUAACUGUGAGUGCCUGUGAAAGCUUAGUGUGCGAGUGCUGACACGUUUUGUAUUUGUAUCAUUUGUGUAACGAGAGACGCCUCAGUCUGGUUCAUAUUUGUAAAAAGAGUGUAAAUCCUCACACUGAAGCACUAAGUAUUACCCCCCCACCCCAACUACAUUUGCUUUCGUGGUUCCGCUGGUAUACGGCGCGUACAGUCUCCGCCCAGACACGCGGUGUUUUGUUAGCCUGCUGUUGUGGUUCUAUAAGUCAAGUCACGCUCAUACACGGGGUUUAGUUUUCACCUGAUGGCACAGUGGACAGGUCAGUGGGCAGCGGGGGAAGUGAGGGAAGCCUGAGGUGUGAGGACAGGACAGUCAGUGACAGUAAGACAAAGACAAAUCCACAGUGUCACCCAGUGGAUGGAAGUUUAAACUCACAACUCACCUACUGUACAGUUCCCCUUUCCUUAUUAUGUAAUGAACAUGCCUGGAGAUCAAUGUUAACGUCGUUAUACAAUUCAGACAACUUUCUCCGGUCCUUUUCACUCUAAUCGUUGUGUUUUUCUCUGAAGUGCAGAAGUCUGAGAGGGGAGUGGGAACUCUCAGGGCCGAGGUGUUGUGGCAGUGCACCAGUAGGACUUCUCCUAAUGAAUGAUUAGUAGAGCUGCUCCCUCUAAUAUAACAGGUCAACAUGUCUGAUGUUAAAGGGCCCCUAGAUUCCACUAACUGGGCCUAACUGCUUGUUGCUGUUGUUGCUCACUGUUCACUGUUGACUCACUAGAAUUACAGCUAUGACUCUGCUUAAUCAUUCUGUUUUCUAUUAAGUGGAAUGUGUGAUUAGCACAGAUUAGCACACAGAGAGCGUCACCAAGUGUUGAUCACCACUCUCCUCCGCUGAUUAGACUGUCCGCGCUGAUUGGACCGGCUGAGAGGCCCGGCCCUUGCCUUUGGUUUCUGUUUUGAUUGCUUUCUUGAUGUUUUCGUGUGUAGUUUUUUAUUUAUUUUUUUUCUCGUGAUUCAGUAUCCAGUUCCAAAUGAACUCCGCAGAGGGUCUCUCCGCAGAUUUUAUGUGCCAAAGAUGGGAUUGUGUUGACAUACAUGACGGCCGUGGUCGUUAUAGCCGGCAGUUAAACACGAAGUGACGUUGUAUUGAUCACGUGUGAUGCACUUCAUCAGCUGUCAAGUCUCUGGAAAGCUCUGAGCGGACCCACUGAGCUGGGUGACGUCUGUGUAGAUGUGGAUAUUAAACUUUUCUCUUUUUGACAGGGGACCAUUUGUGCUCAGUUGUGCAAUAUAAUUCUAUCCUUCAACAUUUCUCUAUGAUGUUCGUGUAACUGUCUGUUUGUCCUGUUGGAUGAUUUUGGCUUUUUGUUUUUCUGUUGUUUUCACUAUUGUUAGACUCCUAGAACAAAGACGAUGUAAUUAUUUUUGUUACAUAGAAUAAAACACGUGGAUGUCGAA